AAACAUUUUAAAGUUAUUUAUUGUUGGUUUUAAUUUCAGGUUAUUUCUACCACUUGCCCUUCAACAUAUGGGCGAGUUCGUUUGUUGUGAGGGUUUGUCUCGUCGUCUCGCCACCACCUGCGCGAAGAAAUCUGCGUCCAUUUGCUCAGUGCUCUCUGAAAGUACACUGCGCACUUUAAAUCAACCUGCUGUAUUUACCAAAGCCGUAGAUAGAUCAGGAGAAGCUAUAGCUCCAAUGUCGCCAGCGCCCGAAGCAAACGGCGAUGUUAAACCAAACAUAUCCCAAAUAAAAAGGUCAACGACCCCCGCUGAACAAAGUCAAGGAACGCCCAAUCCUAACCAUUCAAUCGGUACACCGAAUCCAAAUCACUCAUUGGGCACACCUAACCCAAUGGGCACGCCUAAUCCUCAGCAACCAAUGGAUGUACAAGUGAAAGAGGAGAAUGAUGCUCCACCAAGGGACCAGAAGACCACCCUGACUACUGUCAUAGCGGCCGCCUUAAAUCCUGUACAGGUCGGCUUCGGGGAAGUCCUAAAUUGCCAGUACCAUAGGGACGUUAUUAUACAGUUGGCAACAAUUUUACAAGUGAGUAUUUUAUACAGUUAUUAAUUUUUAUCUUACGAUUUCUCGAUGUCAUUAUCUGUACAUAUAGCAAUUUUUAAAAAUAUUUUUUGUUUAGAAAUAUUAUUUUGCUUUUUAACUUAUAAAUAUAUGUUGUUUAUAGAAUAGAUUUUCUGUAAUAACAUUAUUCGUUUAUUAAUAAUAGAGAAGGCAAUUGUCAACUUGGUGCUUCCUUCAGAACUUAGACAAAUG